GUUGUUGUCGCUAUAUACCUCGUUGUUGUCGUAUCAAAGAAAGCAGACGACACUGGCGUUAUCCAGAGAGUAUUAUCGAAAGAACAUCGGACUUUGACCGAUCUCCACCACGAAACAUACACAGUCGCGCGAGCCAGCACUGUUAUCAGUGUAGAAUGUAUAUUUAUUGUGGGUAAAUAUUCUGGCGACGGUGCUAUUUCUGAAAUGUCUGAAUCAAACGCGCUGGUUGCUUCGACAAAGAAGUAACAGUAAGAUGUCUCCUAAAGAAACGAAAUUUUACAUUUUAUUCAACACCGAUCCACUGGAAGUCCACCACACGAAUCGCGAAUGAAAGAUGAAAGCACGGCGAAGUGGCGAAGAGCGAAGACCGGUGUGCUUAGCGGCGUAGGUUAUGUGCAGUGGUGGUAGGAGAAACGCGUUAUUUUUAGCCAACCGAGGAGAUACUGGAGAGGAGAGGGGUCUUUCAGACUUCUAUACUCCUAUAGUCCUCGUCAGUUGGGUGCGUGUAAAUGCGCGAAUAUUGGGUUGUCGAAGAGUCGAAGCCGUGAGCAGUCAAAAAGACGCCAUAUCGAGAAACAGUUUUUUUCCAAAGAACUUGGUUCUUUGAGCUAGUCUUUGUUUCAUUUUUCCUAAUCUUCGAAAACGUUAUUGGUACAUAAAAAAGGAAUUGUUAUUGAAAAUUUCGGUUUGAAAAAAUGUCGUCUCCCUACGAUCUGGAUGAAGGGCUGCACCAGCGUAUUACGAGGCCCAUUAUUGUGAGAAGUACAAACGAGGACAACGACAUCAUCUCCAAUCAAUCCCCUAGUCUUCUCAAUGGACGUACUGCGAGCGGUGCAAUUCCCCUUCGUGAACGUGAUUAUUAUGAAAAUAAAGAGCGAAAAGAGAGAUUGGCCGAUAUCACCUCAUGGUCAUUCAAUGUUAAUAAGCAAGACGAUGCGGUGUACCAUGAUUCAUAUGUGGAGGUAAGAUCCAUAUGUGCAUUAGUACGUGAAACGAGUAUAAGAAAAGAUGCCCAAAAAAAACUGCAAGAACGCGAUGAAAUGGAACCGGUGGAAAAUAUAACCAGUUCAUAUAAUAAUGUGAAAAUUACUACGCCCGGAAGAUUGACUGAUUUGUUGGGAAGUUCUGGCAGAGAACCGAAUCGUAGAUCAUUUUAUGAGAGGGAAGUACUUGACGAAUUGUUGGAGUGGGCGUGGUUAUGGUUGAUUAUACCGGAAGAAUUUUCGUACACGGUACUAACUCAACUAAACAGUCAUUUCACCGGAUUGUAUUACAGUUUCAUUCGUCAUAUGGAUCAUUGGGAGCAGGUUCUUCCUGAUGAUAUUGCUCGACUAGCGAGUCGUCUCGAUCCACUUUUUGCGGAUAUAAAUCGUCUUGUAGCCGCUACUGACGAAUUCGAAUCCAUAAAAGCUCGAACACAAUUCUUAGAAGCGAGAAGACGACUGAGUCCGCAGGCACGCAAUGAUUUUCAAACAGCAAUGGUUGAGAUGCAGAUGUCGAUGCAUCGUUUCAUGCAACGAAAUAUGACCUUUGCAAAUUAUCAGGGAAGAAGUCUCAAUAUAAACGGUCAGGAGAAAUUGUAUUUCAGAGUGGAAACAGCGUCGGGACCAAAAGCCAUGGUUGUCCGCCUGUCGAACAGGCUUUUCCAGCCUUUUGCAGAAAGUCGGCGCCCCAUUCGAACACUCAUAACGGUGUUCUUCGAAACAUGGGCGGAGUUCGAUUUACACGGCAUGCUUGAAAAAAAAGAUGAAAUGAAAAAGAGAAAGCCGAAUAAGUAAAAUCUCUGGAUGAAGUUUCGCAUUCGGAAGUCAACCCGAUUCCCGAUCAGCUGGGCAACUGAAACUUGGAACACGGAUUCAUUGUCCCAAUGGAAUCCAAUUUAUCUAUACUUAUCCAUACUUAUCUCGAUUAUCUAUACUCGAGAUUGGUCAAUUUUACAAAAGCACUUGACUGCGAAGAUAGCCUUACCCAUAAAAACGUCAAAAUAUUCAGUUAUAAAAUAUGUAUAAUCAGAAAUAAUAUAGUCUCGGCGAGCUCGGGCCAGCAGACGACAGGGCUGUCAAUGUACUUGUCCCGAGACUCUACCAAGUCUCUCGAUAUAUCGAGUGUUUACUCCGAAAGAUUACUUCCAAGAUGAAACCGUAAAUUCUCCUAGAGAUAUGCCUAAUUUUGGAAAAAAUAAAAAAUUUAAAGAAAAAUUAUUUUUCGUUAUUCUCGUACCGAACAAAGCACGAGCCAGCAGCGUUUUCAGUGAUAGGGAUAUACUCGAUGUACUCAUACAUUCCUGCAAAGAACUCUUAUUUGAUCCCCCUCCUACUACGGUAUGAGCUCAUGCAGUUAUUUUUGGCCACGCUACUGUUCCUGGAAUAUCUGAAUUGAACAUGCCAAUUGCUCCGAAAUAAUAUGCCUGUCGAGAAACGAAAUUUGGUUGAAUUUAUUUCAAACUGAUUCGCACUAAAACUCACAGAGUAUACGUAGCUUCGUCGUAGUGGCGAUUGGUAACUGGUAGGGGAACCACGCUUUUUUUAGUGAGUCUCGAGAAGAUACUGGAGAGGGGAGGGGUCUCGCUCAGGCUCCUAGUCAGUCGGUCGUGCAAAUGCGUAGAUAUUAAAGUGCUGAACGAAUGGUUGAUAAGACAGACAUCGAGAAGACGCCAUUCUCGUAAACGGUUCUUCAGCACGACUCGGUUCUUCGAGUCACUCUUUGUACAUUUUUCACAAGUCUUCAAAGACAUUAAUCGUGAAUAAAACUAAUUGUGAUUGAAGGCUUCUAGUCUGGAAAAUGCCUGGCGUAGAUUGGAUACCCGGUGUAUCGCAGGUCAAGUCCCUCGUUCAAGCGGCUACCGGCGACAUUGACGGUGCCUUGAAAACGGCGGAGAAUUUCGGUCGGGAAUGCCCGGUCGUUUCACAAGUAACCUCCGUAAUCCAAUUGGCUGCAGGAGAUGCGGAAGGUGCAUUAGAAACCCAAAAAAAAUGCUUGGGUACCGUAAACAAUGUGGCUAAUGGGAUUCCCAUUGUUGGCCAUGCAAAAGGACUCGUCCACCAUGCUGUGGGAGAUCACGAAGGCGGCAACCAGGCGUUGAAUGCAGCAUCUCGAUCCACAGUCGUUAUCGGGGUGGGUGCUGUUGCUGCUGUAACAACGGGAGGGAUUGCCGCGAUUCCCGCUGGAAUAGCAGCUGGUAUUAGCUACGAUGUAACAGCAACUGCGGUGACCGGUGAAGAACAGGGAUAUAUCGCAGCGAUAAAAAAUGUUGCUGAAAAUCCUUCAGCGGGUGCAGUUUUCGACGCGGUCGCUAUUCCAGUCGGUGACGGUUUGGCCGGAUAUUCGGGAGGGCAAAUGGCAACCAAAAUACAGUUGAAUCAUUUGAAGGCUGUCAGAGAAAUGAAGCUGGACAAAAUGGACGCGGCUGCCAAUAGCGGCGAAGCACUGAAAUGUUCAGCUGAAAUUAAAUCCUUGACUGCGAAAAUAAAUACGAUUGAACAUGGAACCCCAUACUUUUUCGAUGAUCCGAAAACCGGAACAGUUGCAUCCGAAGCAACUUCUUCGAAUGCUGCUGUUCCCCCGGUUCCUGGAUAUGUUGAUGAGGAAAAGAAUCAGCGAAAGAGGCUAGUUUUAGGUGCCACCAUUUCGGAAUCUAGCUAUUCCGGGGGAGUCAUUGACGUUCAGCAAGACGAUGCAGUGCACUAUGAUUCAUACGUGAAGGUCGAAGCGGGUAACAGACAAGAUGCGCAAAAAAAACUGCGAGAACGUGAUGAAAGGGAACCGGUGGAAAAUAUUACCGGGGCAUUUGAGAACACCAAAAUGACUACGACCGAAAAAUUGACUGAUUUGCUGGGUAGUUCUGGCAGAGAACCGAAUCGUAGACCAUUUUAUAGGAAGGAAGUUCUUGACGAAUUGCUGGAGUGGGCGUUGUUAUGGUUGAUUAUGCCGGAAGAAUUUUUUUACACGGUACUAACUCAACUAAACAGUCAUUUCACCGGAUUGUAUCACAGUUUCAUUCGUCAUAUGGAUCACUGGGAGCAGGUUCUUCCUGAUGAUAUUGCUCGACUAGCGAGUCGUCUCGAUCCACUUCUUGCGGAUAUAAAUCGUCUUGUAGCCGCUACUGACGAAUUCGAAUCCGUAGAAGCUCGAAAACAAUUCUUAGAAGCGAGAAGACGACUGAGUCCGCAGGCACGCAUUGAUUUUCAAACAGCAAUGGUUGAGAUGCAGAUGUCGAUGCAUCGUUUCAUGCAACGAAAUAUGACCUUUGAAAAUUAUCAGGGAAGGAGUCUCAACACAAAGGGUCAGGAGAGAUUGUAUUUCAGAGUGGAAACAGCGUCGGGACCAAAAGCCAUGGUUGUCUGCCUGUCGGACAGGCUUUUCCGGCCUUUUGCAGGAAGUCGGCGCCCCAUUCGGACACUCAUAACGGUGUUCUUCGAAACAUGGAAGGAGUUCACUUCACACGGCAUCCUUGAAAAAAAAGAUGAAAUGAAAAAGAGAAAGCCGAACAAGUAAAAAAAAAGGACUCCAUGAACAAAUAUGAGUACGUGUUGGGACGAUUUCUUUUUGAGAAACAGAAUACGACCAAGCAUCAAUGGGGGUAAUUCCGAACAGAAAUUGCCAAAAAAUGGGGCCAGAUAUGAUACAUUUUAAUACAAACAAAUUAUAGCUGUAAAUCAAGUAUAUCAAGACCAGAAGUCUUUUCAGAAUGUGAGGUAUAUAAAACACAUCGUUUAUCAAACAUUAGAAAAUAAGAAAAUUCAAACUACUAAUAUCCAUACUGAACGAAUGUAAAGAAACUACAAUUUUUCAUUUUCAAUAAUAAUUUCCCAAUUUCAAUGAAAAA